GGUUCCGUGCCCAAUGAACGUACAUGAGUGUUUGGAACUCAUCAAAUGGUAGCCAAACAGAAAUUUCAUUCAAGAUGGAGGAAGAAAGAAGUAUUGAUUCCAAUAAUUUUAAUAGCGACGAAAGUCAGGAACGGAAGGAUCCCUUGAGUCAGAUCAAACAUGACUUGGAGGGUUGGCGGGAAGUGCUGUUGCCCCUCAACAAGCUGUUGAACUGGGAGAAAUCCGUCUACCCCGGGAUCAUUGUUGGAAGCACCACUUUCAUCUUUAUGCUUAUCUGGUACUUCCAGCCAUCAGUGUUGACCACCUUCUCCCUUAUAGGUCUGACUCUCAGUCUGGUAGACUUCCUGGUUCCCCUCGUGGGACCAACUGUGCUUGGACGCAGCAAGUGGACUGGGGUACAAGAGAAGCAGUAUGAGCAGAUUUGCAUUCGAAUCCUCAACUUCAGAUACCAUGUGUGUGAAUUCACCAACUCUGCUAUCACCCUGAAAAACGAGCGGCCAAAGAUUUACUUCCUGCUGGUCAUGGGAUUCCUUGCCUUGUUUGCCUGGAUUGGGAGUCAGAUUGAUAACCUCUUCCUGACCUACUUGAUCUUAAACCUUGCCCUGUUGAUGCCAGGACUUCGAAAUCAGAAGGUCAUCCAGGGUUACUUCAGCAAAGCUGGCGCCCUCUUUAGGAGCGUUGUCCUUGGAAAACCAAAAACCAAGUGAACACUGUCAUCAUCUUCUGAUUUAUGUGUGUGUCAUUGUGGUGUGCAAUAUGUUUUGUGCUUCUUAACUCAAAGCCCCAUAGUAACAUAAAAUUUACAAUUUAAAAUGCUCUGUCAUGAUGUUUUAAUGUUUACUUUUUCUUUUAUUUGAAAAUGUAAUUUUACAUGUUUUUUUCACCAAUUAUUUUCUUGCAAAAAUAAUGAAAGCUUAUAAUAACCAUCAUGAAAAUCAACAAGUAAAUGUGAUGAUAUUUUUCAGAGACUAGUGCUUUUUUAAAGUAAUUAAAUGCAGUCUAUUGAUUAUUAGUUUUCUACCAAAGAAUAUGUAUUGACAAUAUUGAGGACAUCAAUAUCUGUUAUUGUUUUUUUAAUGUACUUUAUUCCAUGCAUUUGUUUGACAUCAUUUUAUUGUAAAUAGUUAUUGAAAAUCGUUUGUGUCCUGAUGAUUUUUAAGUUUUUGUAUUGCAAGAAAUCCUGUUUUUGCUUUUUUGAACUGAUUACCCAUUUUCUAGUCAGUCUUUUGUUUGUUUUUCCAUUUCAAUUCUUAAGCAGUCAAAACUGCAUUAUUGCAAAAUUUACAAAUUGAUUUUGUUGAAUUGAUUUUCUGUAACUGGCAGAUUUUUUGCUAUCAAAUAUCUGGACAUGUUGUUGUACAAGCCAUUGUAUGUCUCUUUUAAAAAUACUUUGUAAAAAGAUAUAAUUUUUUAGAUGUUUAUCCUUGUAGCAUUUGAUAUUAUGUUUGGCAAGGUGAAUGAAGAAAACUACUAAAUCAUCAGAAAAAUGUUUGUACAAUGUUUGUGAAGCAUUUUUAUAAUUUUAGUAUGUCAUAAUCUAUGUCUUGUGACAUUAUUUUCAAUUUUUCUUCGACGGUAAAUCACUUUGUCCAUGCUUUUAGUUUCAGUACACUAAAAUACAGUUAAAGUUACUAGCUGCCAAAGUAUUUGUUAGAAUGCCUGAAUUCCUCUUUUUCUGGAUACCUGUUAGAACCCUAUGACUUGCACACCAUUUUUUUGGGCCGUGCUCUGUGAAAAGGGGGUUUUAUGCAUGUGUGUAAAGUGCCGUCCCAGAUUAGCCUGUGCAGUCCUCACAGGCUAAUCUGGGAGGACACUUUUUGCCUAAACUGGAUUUUUGAAAAGAAGAGACUUUCUGUAAACAAAAAAUACCAUAAAAGCGGAAAGUGUCGUCCCUGAUUAGCCUUUGCGCACAUGCAUUAAACCCCCUUUUCACAGAGCACGGCCCAUUUAUUUUGGGAGUUUGGCACUGUUGGUUCACUCAAUGGAGAUCAUCAUGAGUAUAUUGAAAUUAAUUUAAAGGGUUGAGUGUAAAACUGUCAUAUUUGCAUCAAAUUUCUAUGUAAUAUACAAUAUUUUCAAAUUCACCUAUUUCAUGUGUGUUACUUCAACCUUAUGCAAAUUGGUCACAAUGUUGUCUUCCUGUGGUUUAUAAGUGUUCAAUUUAGAAUUGGAUGGGGAUAUUCCAGUGGUGAGAGGGAGUGAUUGUGUGCAUUUUCCUGUGAGUGAAGGAUUCGUCUUGUUUUGCAGCUACAUUUUUUUCAUAUGAAUAAUUGUUAAAUCCCAUUCAUAAAGUUUUGCUGUUUGUUUACAUAGCCUUUAAUUGUAGCAGUUUACGUAUUACAAACUGGUUAAUUUUUGUAUAUUUUGCAUGCUUGUUGUGUACAAUGGGCCAAUGGCUGCUCUACUUGACAUUAUUGUAAUCUCAUUGGUAGACUUAUCAGUAUUCGUUUUUGAGCCUUGCUCUGGGAAACACAGGGCUUUAUGUAUGUGCAGUCCACAGAGGGGCUUUAUGUAUGUGCAGUCCGCAGAGAGGCUUUAUGUAUGUGCAGUCCGCAGAGGGGCU